UUUGGGGGUUUCACUGCUGCUGCAAUAUCUUGCUCCCUGUGGAAGUCGGGGGUGUGAAUGAGCUGAGACUCGCGGCUGGUUGGAGAGCUGGUGACAAAUACUCCGAAAUUGCCCCUCAAAACGCCGAGCAAUAACCUGGCGGACGCUCACUCAAACAGCUUAAAAUUCCUCAGCAGCGUUUAUCCUCGACAGUAUCAGGGGACACUACCGUUUCAGGAGAGACCGGGAAGUGGCCAAAGUGACACAGAGAGCUCGUUUUAUCGCUGAAUGUUCACGGAACGGGACCCAUGUUUUGCAAAGACUGCUGCUGCUGCACGGGCCGGGCCGUGGAGCCACAAAGCGACGAGAAAGACAACAGAAGUCGAGGAGACGGCGCUCAACAAAGGAGGGCAAAGCAGGACGUGUGUGUGUGUGUGUGUGUGCAGGGAAGCGAUGCCCUAGAUCUGUAUAACGUCUGAGUUACUCUGUAAUUCAGACUCCUUUCAUGCUGACGGGCAGCCGUUUCUCAACCCGCACCUGGAAAACUUAAGAGAAUGUGUUCAGUGGCAUCACAUCUCCAUGCGUAAAUGGAGACGCAUCGGUGCGUAUUUGCUGUACUUUUUCAUUAUGCGUACAAUGAAUGAUGUUUGUUUUGUCACUUACUCAAGCCCUGUCCCAUGACCACACUGAUAUAGAUGCAUAAUAGACUUCCUCAUACUUCGUAUCUGCCAUGAGUGAUGGCGAUGCCCGCAGAAUCUGACAGGACCGGUGCGCAAAGCAGCACUCAUGAAAAAAGCUUCAGCGCACCGGAUCGCAAUGGUUAUGUGAAAACAUGUGUCAUCCCACUGUGCCGUGACCGAGAUUACGAGUCGUGGGUGAGGCUAAUGUUCACAAAAAUAUGGAGUUCCCAGAGACUCCGGAGUGCCGUGUGUGCGGGGUCGCUUUCGGUUUUUCUCGCUCUGUUGGUCAAAUGUGCAGACUGGAAAGCUGAAGCAAGCAGCAGCGCUGACAACACACUCUCGCAUUCAUCGUCUCCCCUUCACUUCGUUUCAGGCUGCGCGGCGGAGCUGUUGCAAACUUGCUGGAGUGUGAUUUCGACAUUGUUCACCCUCGUAUGUGCCUUCUUUUGGGUCGGUGUCUACUUAAUCCGCUGCGGGGUUCUAAUCCAGACCGCUCUCUCCCUCCUAACCUUGUGCCACCUGGGCGAAGCAGCGGCGUGGUCUCUUCUGGACGGGACAGAUGAGCAGCUGUUUUCAUUCACGACAGCAGCCGUGGUCGUGCUCAUCUGCGUGGCCACCGGCGCACUCAUGGUAGCACGGCUGAACCAGGGCAUAUCUGUGAUCCUUUUCAUCAGCAUAGUCAGGACUAUCUCACUCUUCUCGCUGCACAAAGUACGGGCCACUUGGAGACCGUACGUAGCGUACCUGGUUGGAGUGCUGGGCAUCCUGCUGGCGAGGUAUGCUGACAAGCUCCUUCCCAACCAAGGGAGACACAAGGAGGGCUGCACCCCCGUGACUGGAGCCAGGGAAGAGAUCCCUGUAUUUAAAAGGCGCAGGAGGUCCAGUUCUGUGAUAGCCUCAGACAUGGCACACAGUCAGUCCAACAGUAAGUCACAUCGCCGGACCUCUCUGCCAUGCAUCCAGAGGGACCAGAUGCUCUCCCGCUCGGAUUGGGACCACAAGAGAGGCUCCCGAGGAUCACAGUCAUCAGGCACCACAGUCAUGGUGGACAUAGCAGUGAUGGGAGAAGCCCAUGGACUAAUCACAGACCUGCUGGCUGACCCCUCUCUGCCCCCCAACACCUGCACUUCACUGCGGGCCGUCAGCAAUCUACUAACCACCCAGCUAACCUUCCAGCCGCUGCACCGGCCACGCCCUACUCCCCUACUUAACCCCAGUGAUGCCUACACCCUCUCCGACUCAGAGGAUGGACCUGAGAAAGGAGAGAAGAUAUCCAUCCACAAGCGUAUAAGGCGGAGUCUCCACCCUGGCCUUCUGAGGAGGAUCUCUUCCACGUGGACCACCACCACCUCUGCCACAGGCCUGCCCACCAUUGAGCCCGGGCCCGUCCGAAGGGACCGCAGCGCCAGCAUCAAACCCUACCAUGAAACACUUACCUGCAGCUGUGGGAGACCAUACAUCAAACUGAGCCAUGGGGAAGGCUCAAUAGACAAGGGAGACAGGAUACCACGGUCAGCAGAGGACCAAGUGGUGGUGUCAUCAGACUACGACAGCACCCAUGAAGCCAACCACAGUGACAGCAGUGAUGUAGCACAUACAGAGGAGGGCACAGAGGAAGGAAAAAACCCUGCCCAGAAUGUCAUCCUCCACCCACUAAUACCUCCUGAGGACAAACCAAUUCUGGCUCCAGAGCCGUUAAUAAUGGAGGACUUGGAGCCUUUGAUGAGUCAGCUAAACAAUUGGAACUUCCCCAUCUUCACUUUGAUGGAAAAGACCAAUGGGAAAUGUGGACGGAUCCUCAGUCAGGUCUCCUACAGGCUCUUUGAAGACACUGGCCUGUUUGAGACCUUCAAGAUCCCUGUAAAAGAAUUCAUGAACUACUUCCACGCCCUUGAGAAUGGUUACAGAGACAUACCAUAUCACAACAGGGUCCACGCCACAGAUGUGCUUCAUGCAGUCUGGUACCUCACCACGCAGGCUGUUCCUGGUCUGCCCAGCCUCAUCACUGACCAUGGCUCUGCCAGUGACUCAGACUCCGACAGUGGAAUAACACACAGUCAUAUGGGCUUCCUGGUUUCAAAGACCUACACUGUGUCAGAAGAUGGUUAUGGCUGCCUGUCAGGCCUCAUACCUGCUCUGGAGCUCAUGGCCCUUUAUGUGGCUGCCGCAAUGCACGACUACGACCACCCCGGGCGGACCAAUGCUUUCCUCGUGGCCACCAGCGCCCCACAGGCAGUGCUCUACAAUGAUCGAUCCGUUCUGGAAAACCACCACGCUGCCUCAGCCUGGAACCUCUUCAUGUCGCGGCCAGAGUUCAACUUCCUUGUCAACCUGGACCACGUGGAGUUCAAGCGUUUCCGUUUCCUCGUCAUUGAAGCUAUACUGGCAACUGACCUGAAGAAGCACUUUGACUUCCUAGCUGAGUUCAAUGCCAAGGUGGGUGAUGAUCCAUCUACAGGUAUUGAUUGGUCUAACGAGAAUGACAGGUUGCUGGUCUGCCAGAUGUGCAUUAAACUGGCUGACAUCAAUGGGCCUCUGAAGUGCAAGGACUUGCAUCUGCAGUGGACAGAGGGCAUUGUCAACGAGUUUUAUGAACAGGGCGACGAGGAGUCCAGCCUUGGCCUUCCCGUCAGUCCCUUCAUGGACCGAGCGGCACCACAGUUGGCCAAACUCCAGGAAUCAUUCAUCACACACAUCGUGGGACCACUGUGCAACUCCUACGACUCCGCUGGCCUUAUACCGGGACGAUGGGUGGAACCCAACCCAGAGGAAGAUGAGCCAGAGAUCAUGGAGAAUGAGGAAGAGGAUGAGGAGGACACUGCAGAAGAAGACACAUCUACCAGCUCAGAAGCGUCACAGAAAGCAAGUCCCAAGAAGAGGAGGAAAGUCUUCUGCCAAAUAACCCAGCACCUGCUGGAAAACCACGAGAUGUGGAAGAAGGUGAUCGCAGAGGAGGCCCCGAAACAGGGCCAAGGAGCAGAGUCUGUCCAUUUAAACAAUGUAGCUGAGCCAAUCCUGGCUAUUCACGAGGAGGAAGAGGAGCCAGGCAGCAGAGAGGAGCUAGUAGAAGGAGAGGAUGCAGAGGAGGGAGUGGAGGAACCAGAGUGGCCUGUGUCUUCGCAGGAAGACUCUAAACCUCUGGAGGAACUAGCGGAGGGGGACCCACAGUGAAACAGCCAAUGGAAAAUACGGAGUUGGUCAGGGCAAGGAUGUGAAGAAGUACUCCUUGUUAUCUUAUCCUAUAAACUGACUCCGGUUUUUUCCAGCACAUCACUUAGACACAACACUGUAGAUGUUUGGGAAAUGUGUGCCUAUACAAAAAAAGUGGGAAAAUUUGUGCUUUACACAUUUGAUCUGAAUAUCUGGUUUCACCAAACAUUUGAAGGAGGUUUCCAUAUUGCAAUACAGGAUUAUUUGUGUACUUUGGGAUACAGACUCUUUUGCUACUGUCAAGAGAAGAGGAAGACUGAUUGCACAGACCUCAACCCAAUGUGGUAACACAGGACUGCAGAAAUUUGCUGCCAAUUUAUACAUAAUUAUUUUCUGAAUGCAAUAUAUAGACAUCACAGUUACUUGUACUUGUGUUUCAAUUUUAGCAAGAGUUUUUAGGUCUCACAUGGGCCAUAAUAUGUUUUUUAGAAUAUAUAUAUAUAUGGAUUAUAAAGGAAGUCAAUCAAAUGAGGAACAUUGGCGUAUCUGUCCUCCUUUCAACGUCUGCCAAAAGUACCCAUAGGAUUUAGCAUACAAAAUCAAAUAAUUAUAAAUGUUAUGUUUUACAUUUGUUGCCAAAUUAAGUACUUUAUACCAUUAAGUGUAGCCAUAUUAGUUUAGGGAAGGAGACCUGAGGUUCCUCACGCUGUUUGUGUGUGUGCGUGGGUGUUUGUGUGUGUGUGUGUGUGUGUGUGUGUGUGUGUGUCUGCGUGUUUAAAUUAGUGCACUCCAAUGCACAGUUCCUCUGCAGAAGACAUAUAUUCAGCAGAAUACCUGUUAUUUGUGCCAUCUCUGGUCUCCAGUCCCAAGUAUAUUUGACCACUCCCAAAUAUAGUGGUCAAAUAAAGGCUUCAUUCACUGUCCUAAAUGUUGUAGACCAGAGGACUGCACUUACAAAGCAGCAGUGGAUUGUUGGGAAUGGAUCUAUUCCGAAUGCAAGACGAAAAGGGAAUACCAGUUCACAGAACAGACACUACCGAAGUGUUAGGAAAAUAUAAGGGGAAAAGAAAAGGUAACCAUUCGUUCAUAAAACAUUAUAAAGAAACAGAAAGCAUAAUAUCUCAAAAUCCCCCAGAUAAGUAAAUGUAUAAUCCUAUGAAGUUUAAAAAAAAAAAAAAAGCAUAGGUACACUAAUCAAUACUUUCUCUUUUGUAUUUUCUAUCAGUUUUUUUGACUCUCUGACUACGUAUUUGGAGUCAGUGUGCUGUAUUAUACUCUAUACUUACUGGUCCUCAUUAUGUAAAAACCUGCUAAUGAUGCUGACCUUUAACCCUCAGGAAAACCUCAACUGUUGAAAUUCAAAGUAAAUAUCUGUAUCACUUGUGAGGAUGUUCAUAAAAGGCUCAGAGCAAGGCAAGUUUUUGGCACACGCCGCCAACUUUUCUGCCUUGACUAAUAUUACAUAUUUGCAGAUAAACACAGUGAAUCUGUCUGAAUUCUUCUCCCGUCACCUCAGGAAGACACUCUCUCAGAGUUAAGAGCCUAUGGGACUCCAGAGUGCAUCAGUUGGAUGUCCUUCUUCUUCUUCUGCAAGUGAAAGUCCAAUCUGAUAAAUCACAUCUGUUACUGUAAUGAUACACAGGGAAAUGAUUCCGGCAAAAGAGUCAGUCACAGUCAGUUAUCUAGUCACAGUUGAUACAAGAGCAAGCUAUGCGGUGGCUGGUUUUCAGCAUCAGAAUGUCAGGUGACCUGUCCUUCGCUCCAAAUAUUCUCACAACAGUGGUGGUGCAAGGUUUCUGUACUACUGUAGCUGUUUGAUGCCAGUAGAAAACAUUGUUCUUUAUUUAAUGAAAUCAGAGUGCGAACUACCGGGGAGCCAGGGGGAGCUUGGCUCUUCUUAUUUAGUCACGAGUUCCCCUGAAAACAUGAUUUGUGAAAUUUGACAAUAUGCUAAUUUUGCCAUGUAUUUCUAGUUUUUUGGCUCUUUAUCAUCGUGGUUCAUGCAUAACAUUAGGCUCCUAUUGAUGUAUGAUUCACACAUUGUUGCAUUGCAUUGCUUUCUUAUUGCUUCACAAUCACUGUGAAAAUAAAAUAAAAAUGGUAGUGAAUAUGUUAGUUUUAAUGAUCGUCACCCAAGACAUUUAAUUGUGAAAGUCAGUGAAUGCAAAUAGAAAAUAAAAACUGCUUUCCAGAGCUUCCAACAGACAUAAAAGGCAUUGUUUCUAAAAACGUGACUUGUAAAUGGAUUUAACAUAAUUCCAUUACUGCACAUAACAUGAUUGUAAUGUAGAGGUCGUUGUACUGUAAGACGUCACAUGAUAGCCCCUACUUUCUACUGAGAAAAAGCCACAAGGUAAACCAAUAACAUAUUUAACUGCACAAAAUGUCCCCGAUAAAUAUCCCACUUUGCUUUAAUAAUUCACAAAGAAAAAGUGUUUGAGAGACCAUAAGUAGAUCUUGAGUUGAAUAAGUUUAAUGCUCCAGACAGAGUUGGCGGGUCAACUUUCUGUCACACACGAGUGCAAUGAGGAAAUAUGUAAUGAAUUAUCCACUGCUAAUCUUGUCGAGUCCUCAUGACCUACAUGCACAUCUGAAUCUCUUGUGCAUCGUAUCUCAUCUCGUGGUGUACCACUGCUCUCUUUCAUAAUCUCAUUUCAAUAAAAACUAAACAGCACACGUCAGCCUGUAGAUAGGAUAUAGAGCAAUCAUAUUGAUACAGGUGUAGAACAUCGUGUCCUUGUUUCGUUGCAGAUCUUGUGUUAACAUACUCUUAUCACCACACAAUGUUCUUAGCUGUGGUGAAUAGCGCACUCCAUCCAUAAUGGCCUGUUUACUGCUUCUCUGGCUGCUACUGUAUGGAUGGGGGAGGAGGAAGUACAGCAGCAUAGGCCACACAAGUUGAGGAUAAUUGGUUGACCCACUGUUUAGAAAGGCAUUAGACAGAGAAUCAUUUACCCAACAUCUGACCAAACUUGUUAGAAGCCACUGAAUCAGAACAAGGUUUUUUUGGCCCCUAAUGACCAUGUUUUCACUCACUGUAUGUUGUAUAAAACAUGCGUGCUGUAUGUUGCCUGCAAUUCAUCCCUAAAGAGCUAUAAUCAUCAUUACAGACACAACAGAUACAUUUUAUGCUUAUAGGCAAGUUUUUCCAUACAACAUAUACAUCUUAACUAAAGUGGUUCAGAAUAAAAAAACAACACUUUCUAUCAUUCAUUGGGAUGAUGUAACCUCCACUUCUAGUUUUUAUUUCAAGCUUCCAGCUCAAAUGCUCCAAAGCCUCUGCUUUGUUAAUGUAUAAAUACAGUAUACAGUGUGUGUGAGAGAGCAAGAGCGUGUGUGUUUGUGUCUAUUUGACUAUUUGAAUUCUUCCAUUGGCCUCUCUAAUGUGACUCCUAUAUUUGGCUAGGUUUUACUUUAGUAGGAGUAAAAGAGGAUGCUGCUUUUACUCACAAGUAGAGGUGGUGAAAUGAUGAAGGUGAUGCAGUAGGUAGUUCUCCAGUUUUUCUCUGAUACUCAGAUGAAAUUGUUAUUCACAGACGGUCCUAUAGCAUAUUUCUCUUUGAUCUUCACUGGCAACAGUAGCAAAGCAUUCAUCACACAAUGUCUAUCAUCUUUUAAGGUCUGCUGUGUUAGUUAGUUGGUGAUAUUUUUUUUUUUUUGAGUGGACUAUGUAUGCAUUUUUCCCCCAGUCACAUCAGCCUUGAGUCAAUAUUUGCAUUUGAGCUGAUACAGUAUACACCCAGUAUAUCAGUUUUGACAGUGUAUUUUUCACAUCUUAAUUGGUUUUAUUUGUCAUGCUUAUUCACACAUGUAGCAUAAUUGUAACCAUGGGAAGCUUUACAAUUAUGUAAAAAAAGAGAUGUAUUUUUAUAUAGUUGACACAUGAUUAAAUAAUUGCUUUCUUCUCACUAGUACCUUGCACUUACCACAUGUACUAAUACUUACACAAGGAAGAAUAUAUCCAAAUACACAGUAUUUGUGAAAGUAAAAUAAUUACUUUUCUUGCAGGUUGAUGCUCCAUUUUGUACAAUAUACAUACGUAUAUGCUGUACAGUAAAGAAAUUUUAAAACUACAAAAACUCUUUUAGAUAUACAUUAUUUAUUUUUACCAUUUUGUAAUUUAGACACUAUACUGUAGCUUCAAUAUUGCCAGACUUACUGGAAGUGCCUAUAUUGGUAUUAUGUAUCAUACAGUGAAUAUAUUUGAAGAUCAUUAGAAGUUGUCACAAACUGAACCAUGUGGAUGUUGUAAUGUGAAUACAUUGAAUUACAAGACUAUAAUUUCUGUGGUAUCCCUGUGUCUGUGUUGUGCUUAUUUUUCAUCUUUUGAUUUAUAUUUUAGAAUCUGCUUUAUAUUAAAAUCUUUCAUUAUG